UACUGUACGCUUACUCCGUACCUUGGACGGGUUACGAAUGGACGCAAAAUCCUGAGGAAGGAACAUAACCCCUCUCCACAAGAUGGCCAGGCACGCGCCUGGUACCCGUUCACAUUGACUGUAUCAUGUGGCUUCGGGUAUCACGUGACUGGAAGAGGAGGAGCCGCAAGAAUGGCUGUGAUGCGGUGCAUGGAAGAUGAGGAUAGCGGAAGCUAUGCUGAGGUUCUCUUUGACUCCCUGGACGAAGAGGAGAUUGACAAGGCACAUAAAUUGGCUGAGGAGACUGCAUCGUAUGCGAGCAAGAGCCAUGCUGAGGAGUACUUGGACAACCUGGACGAAGAAGAUAUUGAUCAGGCACGUCAAGUGGGUGCGGAAGCACAUUCAGCAGGUGCAAAGAAGGCCAACAGCACCUCCAGUGCUAUGGGCAAGCGGGAGGCAAGAACAGCUUCAAUGACUGCUCAGUGUUGCAGAAACUCCAGAACUGGACUUUUGAUCUACCGCUAUGAGAGUCGCCCCAUGACCCGUGGAGAAGCGCGCCGCAACUGCCGACGGAAUGGUGGAGACUUGGCCAGUCCGAGCAACAUGCAAGAAUUCAUUCUCCUAGAGAAUCUCAUCCGUCCAUUCACAGGCGUUCCUGGUGUCUGGUUGUUCUACAAUGAUUUCAAAACCGAGGGAAGGUUCGUAGAUGUCUCUGGGCGGCCCGCUGUGAUCAACAACUUUCUGGAGGGCGAGCCCAACAACGUGGGUCCGGACGGUGAAGACUGUGUGGAGAUGGAUGGUGGUACUGGCAUGCUCAACGACGUUCCCUGUUCACAAGAACGCCUGUCUGUCUGUCAGUUCAGGAUUCGAUAAUUCUGCUGUCAGUUUGCCAAGGUUUGUGAUGCACGCAAUUGUUGGCCAGGUCAUUUUCUCGAUCCUCUACUUCCCCCCCCCCCCCUCUCUCAUUCUCUCUUAUUUUUCUUUCUCUCAGUUCUAUUUCUUAUAUUGCUAUCUGCAACUUUGUUUCACAGCUUAUGUGAAUCAAGCAUUGUUGACUGCUAGGGUGGUUAUGGCUGUUAGCGGUGCAUUGCAUGUACUUCACUCCAUCUGCCAUUGGUGAAAAAUCAUGUCAUUAGCGGUCUUUCAGUGCUAGCCUUUACCCCAUUCCAGUUCCUCCUGAAUUAGAAUCAAAGUAUUGAAGUUUCUGAGGUUGCAUUUCAUUGCAUUAAAAUGUAUUGCUUCAUGCCCCCCCCCCCCCAUCCAUGUUUGUAUUGCCAUCCCAUGGUUUCUUCGCCGUGUCGUUUGCAUUCACCCACGAUGUAGUCAUUCCAAUACCUGCAAUCCAAUCUGGUCUCUGA